GUCCGUGCCCCGGCAGGUUAGAGUUGUUUUACAAGGGGAACCUACACAAUGUUAUGCAGCUGGUUUUAAUGUUAUGGCUGAUCAGUGACAGAGAAAGGACUUAUAAUGACGACUGAAAUGCAAGAGAUUGCGAUCAUGGAGGACAAGCCUUUACUUACGGGUCAAACAGACAGCGUGAAGGAGGCUGAGAUCGCAGCCAGACUGUUGUUGGACCGGGGUCAGGAGUACAAUAUUGAGACCCCACAUGGUUUGCUGCAUGUGACGCUGCACGGCACAGGAAGCACCCGCCGGCCAGCUAUACUGACCUUUCAUGAUGUGGGAAUGGACAGUAAGAGCUGCUUCUCCUCUCUCUUCAAGUUUGAGGAGAUGCAGGAGAUUGUGAAGAACUUCACUGUGGUUCAUGUAGAUGCCCCAGGACAAGAGGAGGGAGCUGCGCCCUUUCCUGCUGGGUAUCAUUAUGUCUCCAUGGAUCAACUUGCAGAAAUGAUCCCAUCAGUCACACAGUUCUUCAAUUUCCGUACUGUGAUUGGAAUUGGAGUUGGAGCAGGGGCCUAUGUCCUGUCGAAGUUCACACUUAAAAAUCCAGACUCUGUGGAAGGUCUUGUUCUGAUAAAUAUUGACCUGAACGCUCGCGGCUGGAUGGACUGGGCCGCCCAAAAGCUCAUCACAUUGACUUCCUCACUUGCCGAGCAGAUCCUAGGUCACCUCUUCAGUCAGGAAGAGAAUUCGUCCAACACUGAGCUUGUUCAGGCACACAGGGAGAGGAUCUCAACAGCCUCUAACCUGACAAACAUUGACCUCUUCUGGAAGAGCUACAACAAUCGCAGGGAUCUGAGCAUUGACCGUAGCAACACACUCAAAUGUCCCGUCAUGCUGGUGGUAGGGGACCAGGCACCAUAUGAAGACGCUGCAGUGGAAUGCAACAGCAAACUGGACCCAACUACAACCUCAUUCCUGAAGAUGGCUGAUGCUGGUGGGAUGCCACAACUCACUCAACCCAGCAAGCUGACUGAAGCAUUCAAAUACUUCAUCCAGGGAAUGGGAUACAUGGCAUCCUCCUGCAUGACUCGUCUGUCCCGCUCACGCACCACCUCACUCUCUUCAUCCUACUCCCUGGAAGGCUCUCGCUCACGAUCGCGCACUCUCUCCCAGGGCUCUGUAGGUGGAAACAUGCCCCCUAGCCCCUCCAACACAAUGGAGGUGUCCUGCUGAAGAGAAAGUGAAAGAGAACAAGAGAGAGAGCGAGAGAGAGGUGGAUGGAUGGAUGGAUGAAUGGAUAAGUGGAAAGCCACUACUAUUGAGAGGGUCAUAGCAAUCAGUCAUAUCCAUUCAUCAAAGUGUAAAGCAAGAAAGGAAGAGAGACAUAAAGAGAGAAAGAUACUCCUCUUACCAAACUAAAUCUCAUUCUCAUGUAUAAUUCGCUCAUCCCAUACUUCUGGGAAGUGAGAGAUUCUUAAGAGAAGCGAGCAGGAAACAAGUGACAUGGGGAGAGAAGGAGAAAAAAAUACAUCUCUCCAUCCCUCUGUCAACUUAACAUCUGUGGUGCAGGUAGGGGCCUGUAGAGAGACCCACGAUGUAGUGAUAACCAAUAGUAAUACUUCUAAUAUAGAAAAUUAAUUAUAAUUAUCUAUAAAUAAUGACUAAUGUAAUUAAAAACAAUUCACUUAAUUACAUGUUGAACAAUAGAGGAAAAAAAACAAUAGAGUAGCAAUACUCCUCUUGUGUCUGAGUUAUUUUGGUAUACUAUUUGGUGUGUUUGGAGUGGGACUUUUUUUUUAAUGAACUUAUUUGUAAUAGUCAUGUGACUCUCAUACAAGGCCAUGGCAACAGGUGUGGAUAAAUACCAAUGUCUUUUGGUGGCAGCCAGCUCAGGUCUUCCAUUUGACUUAUUUGAAAACAAAAAUAAGUGGGGAAAUGGUAAAUAUGGGAAACUGUGUAGAAUUGAAAGAUUGAGACAUUAGUAUGUUUGACUGCUCCAAAUUGCAUGGUAGGAUUGUUGCAAAUACAUAUGUUUUUGUUGAUGGUAAUGUUGAUGUGAGAGUAUAUGGAUUAUGGAGACAGACAAAACAGGUGAAGUUUUAAGCUUCCACUAUCUGGAUUUCAAAAAUAAAAAUUUUUAAAACACCAGCAGAAUUGGUUUUAUUUAGUAUGGCUGUAUCCCAAAUGCUGAGUGUUUGACAAAAUUCAUUCAACCAAGUAGUAAAUUUAAAAAUAGCAACUUGAAGCUGAUGUAAGAUCUACAUACAUCAGCACACUUGGCUGAAGCCUAACAAUUCUAACUGCACUUUAAUAAAUAAAUACACAGUCAUUUGAAUAUUGCAACUUCAUGCCCAGAACCUUUUCUCAGUGUUAACACUAGCAUAUGCCCCAGUGCGCUUCCAAUUCCAGAAAAAAACACAUUGGCCCUUAUUCAGCAAAAUUGCGUAAAAUCAAGCACAGAUUUGGAUGCAUGGAAUGACCUAGGAAUAAAUCUGCGUCUGAUUCAUGAAACUGCCUUAUGACCGUUCAGACUGUCCUAGAUGAGCACAAUAUAUGAAUCAGCUUCAUCUGCAUUGAUGGAAGCUCCCACUAACUAAUCCCUUAUUUACCUGUCAUUUACCAUGCAUGACAUUUCCCAAUCUACCCUUAUAAUAUUAAGCUGUUUAAGGUCACAAUCAGGUAGAUCUCACCUUCAGGUAGUAAUGUAAACCUGAUUAAAGCUUAGUUUUUAUUAAUUUUAGUACUCGAAUAGGUCAUAUUUAGCUGAAAUCAGUUUUUUUUUAAGCUGUAUGUAUAAAUAUAGGUGUGCCAGGUUUCUCAACUAAAAACCUUCAUUCCUAUAAAGAAAACACUGACAUAAAUUAAGCAAUGAAACUCACAGCCAGGGCCUGUGUUUCCAAGACUACACAUCCAGGUCACUGCUUUAUGAUGCCUCUUGUACACAAAUGUAUUACUAAUAUUAAAAUGAAGGAUUAAUGAGCUGAUCAAGAUCAACGUCUGCCCCUUUGAUUCACUUCUAUAAAUUACAGGUGGACUCUAAGCCCCAUUACCUGUAUUUUAGUACGUGGGUUCUGCACACACAAUUGUGAUUAUCAGCAUUAUUUGCUAUGUUUAUACUGCUUUACUUAUGAUAUUUACUUGUAGUGUUGAUGAUACUAGUAUUGAGUUUCUUUAUUUAACUGCAAAUCAAUAAUUUUUCAAGUUGUACAAAAUUUACACUAAUUUACACACACAGAUGUAAGUUUUAUACUAAUAGGGCAAAGAUGAAAUUGACAAAUAAGGUUUUCAUUUUUGUGUGUUCAUCUUAGAAUCAGAUUUGACGGUAUGCAACUCUGAUGAAUAAGGGCCAAUUUGGAUAGAAUCGUAAAAUAUUUGACAUUAUACUUAGGGCACUUAUCUAUGACAGAAUGUAGACAUACAUUCUAGCAUUUGGGGGGAAAAUAUACAGUUUCUCAAAUAAAAUGUUGGAAAACAUUUGAUAUGGGCAUUUUUUUUUCUUUCUGUUUGGCUGACACUUUAGCAUGGCUAAGUUAUUAGUCUCAUGAAUUAAUAAUGGACCCCUCUAACAAAACAAUGAUGAUUUUGAUAAUAAUGAUCUUCCAGCAAAUCCACUGCCACCAGACUGUUUCUAUUAAGACAGAAAAACAAAUGACAAUGAGCUAAAUUUUAAAUAAGUUUGACUGUUAGUUUACCAACUCUUACCUAAAAGCCUCUAGAGGAACUGCCUAGCUAAAUUUAACUCCUUGUAACAAACAAACAUAGCCAUACCUUUAUCAAGAGAAGCAACUCACCAGCACUUUUUUUUUCAUUUGCAACACUGUGUUGUAGAAGCCAGAGUAAUCAGCACAACACUGCCGUAAAACACCAAAUCAAUACAAUUCUCUGUUGACAUGACACAGAAUCCCAUUGAGAGUUAGAUGUGUGUAUUUGAUAGGCUACAUUUGUAUACUUGUCAUGUGCAGUCAAAUCACACUAAAACUUUGGGCCUCGGUUCCAAUACUGUUUUUAACACAUCUUUGCCAACUUCAUUAGUUCCUCACUAUUUGGUUUGAGCGAAUUCCCAUCUUAAGGAUAAUUCAGAAACUUAAAGGAAAAAACAACCCUGACUUGUUGGUGUUAAAUCUGUUCACCUGUGGAACGCCAUCGCUAGCUAUGUCCCAUGUGACAUCAGCAUGGCGCACAGCCACUAACGUCUAACAGGAAUAACAAAAAUACAGCACCAACCAACAAAUUAUCACCAGGAUCACCAGGAAUGAUCCAAAUGACUGAAUCAGUGUAACUGUAGACUCAAAAAAGUAUGUUUUGAAUUGUUGCUUUCAAUCUGGGUUUUAUGCAAAAAUUAAAUAAAGCACCCGUUACUCCCUCUUCCCCUUGUGCUGAAAGUCAUCAGUGGUUAGGUCACAUUUUUGACUUGUGAGGGAAUGUUAAAAAAACAGUAUUGAAACACAAGGAUGUUUGUCUUUGCUUUUGUUAAGUUUAGUGUUGAAAGUUGGAGCAGAAAUGUAUAAAAAUUGCACAUGGUGUCAUUCAGUCUAUUGCUAAUGGAGGAAUACUGGUAGAGAUAUUUGAUACAGAACGAAUGCUUUGCAUUGCUCGAUAUUAAAAAGAGUAAAGGGAAAUGUCUGACAUAGUUUACUCUGGGGGAUUAAAAAGGGGGACAAAACGGAAGCAUCAGUGUUUGGGCCAGAGCUGUGUGAUUGCUCUUCCUCUUUAUAUAUUUUAAUUUUAUUUUAAUUUUUUCUUUAUUCAUAACCUUUUUAAUGUUCAAUCCUCCCUGUGUUUCCUGGUGUAUUAUGUUACUGUCUGACUGUUCUCACAGGUUAGACAGUGUGUGCUAGUUCUUGUGUAACCUUUUUUAGCAUUAGAAUGUAAAAAAAAAAAAAAAAAAAAGGAGGGGGGGAUUAACAUUAUUAACAUAAAAAAUGUAUAGCAAAAUACAAUCCAAGUUUCUUGUGUGGCUAAUUCUGUGUAAUGCUAUGAACAACCGAAAAAAAGGUAUUAAUAAAGGGAGUAAAACAUG